AUGCCUUGCUCCCUAGUACUACUACAUCUCCCCAACGAGCUGCUGGCCCACGUCCUCCGCCAAUGCCCCGACUUGUCCACUCUCUGGAGUCUCAUCCACGCCUCCGCCCGCCUCUCCGCAAUCUUUGACGCCGGCGCUGGCGACAUCGUGAACGCAGUGUUGCGGGCCUCCGUGCCGCCGCCCACCCGCGAUCUCAUCCAGGCCAUCGUCGCCCUCCGCACCCAUCACUUUGAAUUCCAGUCCUACCACCAGAUGCUCUCCCACCCGCUGGCCGUCUGCCAGCACCUAGACCCCGCCGUCCCCGCGCCCAUGCUGCGCCAGCUGGUGGGGCUGGCGCAUCGCGUACACGCUCUGGCGCACCUGUGUCUGGCCCGGUGCCUGCACCGAUGCGAGGCUGCCCUGCGCCUGCCGCCAUCGUCAUCGUCCCCGCCAUCCUGGACGGAAGAACAGCGCGCCCUGCUGGCCUUCUGGCGCGUGCAGUUCUUCUACGAGCUCAAGGUCGCCGCGCGCGACGGCGGCGGGUUGGACUGGUCCCCCCACGACCGGGCCCGUCUGCACAAAGCCAACCCCAGCACGGUGGGCUUCCGCGACCUGCUGCUCAGCGAGCAGGCAUGGACGGCCAUUGAGCUGAUCCACGACCUGACCGGUCAACACCCGCACGACAUGAUGGUCGACAUCGCGCGCGAGUGGACAAACCCGCCCCAUCGCUUCCGCCUGCCCCUGCCGCCGCCGCCGGACCCCGAGGACUGGCGCUGCACCCCGGCGCACCAUCGACCACCGGUGGUCCACCUAGAGAGCCGGCCAGAGUACGAAUGGGAGGAUCUCAACCAGCCACCCGUGGGCUGGGAAUUCUUCCGCACCUUCCGCGCGAACCCCCGGGCGGCUCCCCUCGCCACCAUACACUUCUACCCCUAUCGCAAGUUCGGCUUCCUGUUCUGGGAGGCAUCCCGGAUGGAGGAUUGGGGGCUGUGGACUAGCGAUCCGGAUGCCGACCUGGCGGUGUGCUAUCGCCGGUGGCGAGACAUCCUGACAGACGAUGAGAUUGCGCGCAACUCGGGCUGGCGGUAUCCGACAACGACCCGACAUGGUUGA